AUGAGCUUGAAGACUCUCAGGCCGGCCUAUACCAGCCUUGCAACACGAACCCUUUCACGAGCCACCGCCCGCACGCAGUUGAUCGAUCGUCACUUCACGCCUGCCUUCACUACGAUAAGAAACUUCUCAGCCACCAAGAUGGCACCAGAACCCGAGAGAGACAGCGAGGGUGUGGAGGAGUGGAAGAAGAGAGCACCAUACAGAAUCCACGACAGCAACGAGCACUUCAAGCACCGCUAUGAAGCCAGCUGCCAUUGCGGCAAGGUCGAGUACGAGCUGAGCAGAGAGGAGCCGUUGGAUAGCAAGUUGUGCCACUGCACUACCUGUCAGACCCAGCACGCUGCACCAUUCCAGUGGGCUGCUAUCUUCAAGAAGGAUGACAUCAACUUCAAGAACGGCCACCACAACCUCGAGUGGUACGAUCCAUCGACUAAGUCUGUCGAGCAUCAAUUGCCUUGCAAGGUUCGCUGCAGCUUCUGCCACAGCCCGAUCAUGGAUGAGGGCCGCAACAUGAUUCUGCUGUUUCCAAGUCUGAUCCACUUCAAGUCUGACAAGGAUAAGGAGAACUUCAAGCCAAGAAUGCACAUGUUCUACAGCCAGCGUGUCAUGGACAUUCCAGACGGCCUGCCAAAGUGGACUGGCCUGAAUGAGGGCGAGGACUCUCACCUCAUCGAGGAUAGCCCGCCAGACAUGGUUCGUGACCUCGAGCGCCGCCGUGUCGACGAGCAGAAGAACCGCAGCUCGUUCGAGAAGGGUACCCACAAGGAGGGUAACUAG